AUGUCGAUUCCAUCGACUUCAUCUGCGGAAACGCCACCAACAACAUCAACAAGAAUUACUCGUGCAACCGACAAUGUUUUGCGUCAUAUCAAUUUAAUUGGAGUCGUGAAACAUCAAAUCACUGGUGCUAAGUUACCGUCCAACAGAGAAGUUCUGCAGGUAUUUUUUUAUAACAUGAGAUUCGUAAGAUUAACGUCAAAAGAAAGUGCGAAGUUGGCAGUAAGCGCAGCAUCAAUGUUUUGGCACCAAGCACGUUUGCCAAUACGUGAAGCACAUAAAUGCGGUGAAAAAUUAAUGAAAAUGUACGAUACAUGGAAUCGUGUUCGAAAAGAUUCUUCGAAAGGAAUACCGCAUACAAAACGAGCUGAAUUUAUGGAGAAAUUGGACGAUCUUUUUGACAUUGCGCACGCCAGCGCACUGAAAAUGAUUCACUUUGAAGAGGAUAGACAGUUUUUGUUGAAACAAAGACAAAAAGGUCGUCCAGGUUGCAUGGCUGGUGUCGACAUAAAUUUAAACAGGCGAGAAAAACGUUCAUGGGAACGAAAAGAUAAAGAAGAGUCGCGAAAGAAAAAACACUUGGAAAUUUCACAAGAAACUACUGUGAUUGAAGAAAGUGAAAGUGAAAGUGAUAAUGACACCAUAGAUCCGAAAAUGGAUUUGGAUUUCGAUAUUAAUGAUUACGAUGAUGAGGCGGAAGGGGCCUCUAAAAGAGGACAUAGGCAAUGGAUCACACAGCGCCUCUGCGCUGCCCUUGAUGAUGCUAAAGUAUCCGACAGAAAAGCGGUGCACAUUUUGAUAGCAACAGCAGAAGCUUUUGGAGUAGACGUUACUGAGCUUGUUAUUAAUCGAAGCUCUUUACGUGAAUUACGAAGAGUGCAUCGUGAACUUGCAUCAAAAAGCAUUCAAGCUGAUUUCAUUGAAGAUGUGGACAAUGCGCGAUCAUUAGUAGUGCAUUGGGAUGGAAAAUUGAUGGAAGCCAUAGUUGGCAAAAAAAAAGUUGAUCGAAUCGCGAUUCUUGUAAGCUACAAGGAAACGUCCAAAUUCCUCAGUGCUGCCGUUAUAGAACCAGCUACAGGAGAAAAUAUUGCGAUUGCUGUUCGCGAUACCUUAAUCAGUUGGAACAUAACUGACCGAGUUGGCGCCAUGAGUUUCGAUACCACUUCUUCCAAUACCGGCCACAAACUCGGUGCCACUGCUUUCCUACAAGAAUAUUUAGACCGAAAAUUAAUUCAACUACCAUGUCGCCAUCACAUCUAUGAAAUUAUUUUAAAAAGAGUCUUCGAGUUAAAACAUUCCACAAGCAGUGGUCCCGAAGUGCUUAUGUUUAAUCGAUUCGCGUCUGUUUGGGAUGAUCUUAAUCAUAAAUUGUUUAAAUUUGGUUUUGACGACGAAAUUGUCCGUUCUAAAAUUAGCGAUGAGGAAUCUGAAGUAGUCAAGAAAUUUUGCUGUGAACAGUUGAAGAGAGAGCAAAUCCGUGCCGAUUAUAAAGAGCUUCUUCAGCUUACACUCGCGUUCCUUGGAAAAGACUGUGGCGAUUUUCGAACGUGCAGCUCAACGUCCCAUGCAAGAUUUAUGGGUAAAGCAAUUUACUGCCUAAAGAUCUUUCUUUUUCGAGAACAAUUUAGAUUGACUGCUGCAGAAAAGAAUGCGCUGCGGGAUAUGUGCAUUUUUUUAGUUAAACUUUAUAUAAAAGUCUGGUACGGGUGCCCAAGCUCCAUCACAGCUCCGAAUCAAGAUUUGCAAUUUGUUAAAGAUUCGAUCGCGUAUGCAGAAAUUGAUUCAGCAGUAUCUCAUACAAUUUUGUCAAAAAUAAAGAAUCACUUGUGGUACUUGACGCCGGAGACCACAGCUCUGGCAUUUUUUGAUCCUUGUGUUCCACUAGAAGAUAAACGAAAAAUGUCCUUUCAAAGGUUGCACAAAAGGACUGACUCAACAAGACAAUAA